AUGCCCUCUACAACUGCGAGCCAGGAUCCCUCCAACCCCAAGAAAGGCGUUGAGACGCCUUACUCAACCGCGUCUGGAGGCGGCGAUGCCACCACCCCCACCACCACCGCUGGGCUCAUUACGCCUGCCAACAUCGAUGACACGCCCACGCGGGCUGGGGAUAAUCACUCCAGGACUUCGCGUGAGUGCCACGGCGCCAUAAUCGCCUGGGGCAGUACUUCGGGAAAACUGUACCUCUCGGGCGGGGACCUCAACGAACCGAAUGUGACGGCUAGUCUUGCGGCGCUUUUCACCGGUGUGGGCAAGGCGACCACCACCAGGGAUGGAAAUGCAGGGGAUGGCAAUGGUGGCGGUGGUUGUGGUAGUGAGGAAAGGGAAAGCAGUGCCGAUUCAAUCGGCCCCUCUGCUUCUGACCCCGUCAUUCCUCUUGUUCUUCCUCUUUCCCUCACCCCCUCUCAAUCUACCAUGAGAAGGAAAGAGGCGCUUACGCAACCCAACCAUACAUACGCCACAGAAUACUCGGUACACAAUACACAACACAGCGAACGAGUCAGCUGA